AUGCAGCGUACCUUCUCGCUUAGGAGGCAGGAGAUUCUCCAGGAGCCGAAGAUUCCAGAUUUCCUGAACAAAUGGCCAGCACUCUUUGACGUCAGUGAGAGUGAAGACAUCAACGUGAGGCGUGAUUGUGUGCUGAGCUGUCUGAGCAUCUAUCUCAAUGAAGACCUGGAGACACUGGUCAAAGAAUAUGUGGAAGUAAAUCCACAUGGUCCGGAAGAGCUUGAGGUUAAGGGUCAGGUCCUGGCACCUAAGCGUCUCCAAUAUGCCAGUGACGAUAAUUCUGCCCCAAACAAGAAGGAUGCAUGUUGUGGACUUUCUGCUUACGAACUCAAACGCCUUGAGAACAUCAGAGAGAGGGAAGCUUUCUUGUCUUCCUUGAAGUUAUUGCCAGCAGCUGAGGAUCUGAGGCAGUCAGUAAAGCCAAAGCCGGAUGUCAAGAGGUCAAAGGCUUCAUCGGAUAAAGUGCAGUCUCUUUUGUCUCCCCGGAAAUCCUUACAUCCCAAAGAAGCUUGGAAACUUACCCUCAGAGGAGGACUAACCUAUGAACAUUACAUCGAAUGCCGUGAGGCCGAGGCAGAUGUCGCAGGGACGACCAUGGCAAUCUACACCGUUCAAGCUGAGAGUGAUGAUCCUGAUGGUCCUGGUGGACGCUUUGCAGAUGUCGGUUUGGUCCUGGAAGGGGUCGAAGUUCUCCACAACCUCCAGAGUAUCAACCAUGCAUGCUUGAUGCUUUAUGGGUUGAUCUACGCACUUAAUUUAAGCUAUCCAAAAAGCUUGAAUACUUUUGAAGUUUACCAGAAGAUCCUGAUGGACCUGGAAUCGUCCAAGCUUUCCCCCAAAGUACAAGCACUCAAACUCAAAUUGCUUUUGUGAUUCACACAUAACGAACACACAGAAAGUUAGAAAUGGCAGGUUCUCAGUUAACUACGUUCCUGUCAGGUGAUGAGUUAAAACUUUGUUUAGCCUUCCUAACUUGCCUCUGUUCUAUCAAAGUUGGAAAACAUUUGACAUGUUCCAUCUGCAGCAGUAGUUGACUAAGUUGAAGAGCUACACUACCUGCAGAGUACUGUGUCUGUGCUAUGUGUGAAAAGAAGAGGUGUGCUUUAAUGUUAAUACAUUUGUUGAAUCAACAAGGUGGUCUGAUUGUAUGCAUCAUUGAGAUAUUGUUGAAUAGAAAAAUUAAUUAGAUAUUAAUCACAAAAAUACAUAAAUCUAAUGCAUUUUAAUUGAAUUUAAGCUUAAUUGUUAUGCAUUUCAAACACAAACAUUAUUCAUCUUGAAUAAGUAACUUAAUUACUAUGUAAUUCAAACAAAUAUACUUAAUGUAUUCUGAAUACAUAAUCUGAUGAAUAUGCAUUUCAAAUGAAUAGGCUUUAUUACACUAAUGUAUAUGCAUCAUGUAAAGUUUAUUAGGUAGGUUUAUGUUCAAAAAAUUAAAUGGAACUAUGUCAUGUAAUUCAAUUACAUAAAUCCUAUAAAUUAGGGUUAAAUAUUUCUGUGAGUGUACACCACGACAAGUACAAGGAGCUGGACAUGACUCAAAAACGUCAGAAAGUAGAGGAGAUGAAAUUGAAGUUUGGUUUCACAACAGACUGUUAAAAAAAAAAAGCCACAUCACAAAGUGAGGCUGAUGUAAAGGCUAGUUUUAUUGUGGCAGCAGAGAUGCAAAAUCAGCCCGGCCCUUUAAUGAUGGAAGUUUGUGAAAAAGCCAGCAUUUUUAAAUGUGAGCCUGAGCAGAAACACAGUAGCUGAUCGCACAUGUGAUCUUGCCACCAAUCUAUAUGACCAGCUGAUGGAAAAGGGAAAAGAUUUUGUUGCAUUCUCCAUUGCUGUGGAUGAGACUCAUCUGAUAAUGCCCAGCUGUCAGUCUUCAUCCGUGGAGUGGACUCAAAUCUUUGUGUUACAGUUACGCACCCAAGCUGCUCAGAUGCUCUCCAUGUUCGGCAGCACAUAUGUGAGCAGGCUCGGCCCUGACCAAUGUGCCGCCCAGGCAAGAUUUUAGCUUGCGCCCCAAUCAUGGCCCGUCACCAGUCAUCAUCAGUGUGUAGCAAACUGAUCUAUAAUUAACGUUUUCUUUAUGCACCUUUUCUUGCUCCUCCAAGGCAUGGGCUUGAAUGGUUGCACAUUCAUUAUUAUAUUCACAUUAUUAUUAGUUAAUUGGUUUAUUAUUGUUAUUUUAUGUUAUGUGUGAGUGGAUUUACCUCUCGUAUAAAUAGAUUUCACAGUGAGCUUACUUAAGCACACACACAUCUAUGCUACACACACGCCCUCCCUCGCAACACUUGCACACAAAGAGAGCGCCCAUGACAUCACUAUUUUUUAAGUUAUUAUUAGCCUUUGGGAAAAAAGGUUACUGUUGAAAUUUAAAUCAGAAGGCUGCAAAUACAAACAGGCAUACGAUUUUUAUUUAAAUUGUAUUUAAGAAAUGAAUGCCAUUGAUGUGCUUUUUAUUUGAAAUUCAAUUUUGCAUGUGUGCAAUAUUAAGUUAUCUAUUGGAUAGUAUUAAGCUUUGCUUGUUCCAUAUUCAAUGUUUAAGCAAAACUUGUUUCGGUCCAUAUGAAAAGGUUCAUUGGUAAAUCUGGAGGAAGAUUUUUUCAAUAAAUAUCAAUGUUGGCCCGCGACUUUAUCCAGGUUUUAAAUGUUGGCCCACUGUGUAUUUGAGUUCGACACCCCUGCUGUAGAAGAACAGUGACACUACACACAUACAUUCAUAGAGUGUACAUUUUGUCCAGGAGCUAAUACAUGUAGUUACUACGGUUAAUUUAACCAAUUUGUUACAAUUUUCCAAGGAAAGGACCUCUAUUACAAAAUGUUACAGGACAGUCUUUACCCUGGAUUAAAUGUUGCAUUGCUCCAACAACAGAAACCACUUUCAGUAUUUGUAAUGAAAUAAAAAAAAGAUAAAACUAAA